AUGUCAGUUUUUCAAGUACUUCGGUCUGGACGGCAGACAAUCCAAAAUCUGAGGCGUAUUCAUAGCAAUGGAUUAACAUCUUCUUUUGAGCCUGUUUCAAGCUCCUACUUUACAGGAAAAGAGAAGUUUUAUGAUGAUUAUUUGGCAGUAGAGAAUGUUCUUAAACGAUACCAAACGCUUCCAACAGUGUCUUUUGAAAAGACACCUUUACGGCUAUGGAAAACGUUGAGCCAAUACAAAGCUAGCAAAAGUGGAUUAGAAUAUGUAAAAAUUUCGGAAUAUCGUACGAUUACUCAGAUGUUGAAUCGAAUUAAUAGGAUUGACCCAAUGUUUAUGCCUCAGGAAGCUAAGGAUAUAAUUGAUGCCUACACUAGAGAAUUUAUUGAGAAGCAUGCGGAAAAACAUACACAUUCUCUGGAUUCUCUAGGGCGUUCUUGUACUAUAGGACGGCGAAAAGAGGCCGUUUCAAGAGUAUGGAUGAUUAAAGGCGAUGGACAGAUUCUUGUUAAUGGAAAAACUUUGUAUGAAAUGUUUUCUCGCUUAGAUCAUCGGGAGUCAUUGAUACAUCCUUUGAAGAUUACAGAGCGCCUUUUUCAGUAUAACGUAUGGAUUCUUGCAAAAGGAGGUGGAUUAACAGGUCAAUCAGAAGCUUCUGCACUUGCAAUUUCACGAGGAUUGGUAAUUCAUGAGCCAGAGUUGCGACCCCUUCUUCAAAAAUCGUCGUGUCUUACAUGCGAUCCACGCCGUGUUGAACGUAAAAAACCAGGUCAACCUAAAGCUCGCAAAAAAAAUACAUGGGUCAAAAGAUAA